CCUCCUCUUUCCCGUCAUCUCCAAACCAUAAACCCGACGCCUCCAACGCUAAUCCCUCGUUUUGCCCUCCGCCUGCGACAUUUCUCGCUUUCCGUGAAUCCUUCAUACCCUAAUCCCAUCAGAAGAACCCUAACUCUCGAUUCUAUCGUGGAGUCGUCGAAGAUGCCGAACCUUGAGUGCCGGAUGUACGAGGCCAAGUACCCGGAGGUGGACAUGGCUGUGAUGAUCCAGGUGAAGAACAUAGCGGACAUGGGCGCUUACGUGUCUCUCCUCGAGUACAACAACAUCGAGGGUAUGAUCCUCUUCUCCGAGCUCUCCCGCCUUCGCAUCCGUUCUGUCUCCUCCCUCAUCAAGGUCGGCCGCCAGGAGCCCGUCAUGGUCCUCCGCGUCGACCGCGACAAGGGAUACAUCGACCUCUCCAAGCGCCGCGUCUCCGUGGAGGAUAUUCAGGCCUGCGAGGAGCGGUACAACAAGAGCAAGCUCGUCCACUCCAUCAUGCGCCAUGUCGCGGAGACCCUGGACAUUGACCUCGAGGAGCUCUACAUCCACAUCGGGUGGCCCCUCUAUCGCAAGUACGGCCACGCUUUCGAGGCAUUCAAGAUAAUUGUGACGGAUCCGGACUCAGUUCUUGAUCCCCUGACUCGAGAAGCGAAGGAAGUUGGAGCAGAUGGGCAGGAGGUGACUAAGGUGGUACGUGCGGUGACGCCUGAGGUGAAAGAUGCUUUGGUCAGGAAUAUUAGGAGAAGGAUGACACUGCAGCCACUGGAGAUACGUGCUGAUAUAGAGAUGAAAUGCUUCCAGUUCGAUGGAGUUCUUCACAUUAAGGAAGCUAUGAGGAAAGCUGAAGCUGCAGGAAAUGAUGAUUGUCCCGUGAAGAUCAAGCUAGUUGCCCCUCCACUCUAUGUUCUCACUACUCAGACUCUCGAUAAGGAACAAGGCAUAUCAAUUCUGAAUAAUGCAAUUAAGGCUUGCACUGAAGAGAUAGAACGACACAAGGGAAAACUUACUCUGAAGGAGGCACCAAGAGCUGUGAGCGAACGAGAUGAUAAGCUACUCGCUGAACAUAUGGCAAAACUACAGUCUACUAACACGGAGGUCGACGGUGAUGAAGGUAGUGAGGAAGAGGUAGAUACAUGAAUGGGUGAAAUUGAUGUGGAGAACUCUGGUGUUGUCAUGUAAUGCCGAUUAAACAAAAUGGUCAAGUGGGCAGAUUAAGUUGGAAGAUUUUGCAUCCGAGUUUAGUGAUCUGUUGUAUUAAGCUUAUAUCCAAUGGUGGAAACUACCAUCUUCUGUUUUAUUUCUUGGAGUUGAUACUUGGAUUUUUUGACAUUGAACGAUACUAGCGUUGUACCAAUUUGAUUUGGGGAAGAACAUGGUAUUUGAGUUGUGUAAUAGCGAUGGGUUAGUUGGAUCCUCCAAUGUAAUUUGAGACUUUGUAAUCAUUUAUGUGGAACAGAUACAAAGGUUGAUCGAUCUUUAAGGUGAUCGAUUAGUCA